CGAUGCUUAAAUUGUGAAAUUGAUAUUCUUUGUAUCUUGGUUUAUUUCAAACACUUCAAAUUCAUCUCGAAAAUGUUUCAAUAAAAGGAGCCAUAAAAAUUGCAAUCUGUUUUAAUUUUGGAAAACUAAUUUUCUUCUGAAGAAAACCAAAUUAAUUUUCAUAUGGAUCCAUUUUGGUCGAUUUCUAGGCACAGAAUGCGAUGCAAUGCGGUGACUGUAAUAAUGUCAUAGCCCUAAUUUUUCGCUUGAGAAUCUGAUUGUUUUGCCUCAUUACCAUAGAAAAAAAUAAUAAAACGCUUGACGUCCAGCAGUUGUGCAUUAGACGCGCGUUGUUGAAAGAGAGCGAAAGAGAGCGAGACAGAGAGCCACACUCUGUCGGCAGGCAAUCGUCGUGUAUGUACGCGGCACCAUUGGAGUGAGCAUUUAUGUGUGCAUCAUCACCAUCAUCAUCAUCAUCAUCAAGUGUUGUGUAUCGCACGCGUUGUAUGUCGAUGUGUAAGAUUUUUUGGUUGGUUUUAAAGUCGGCGGCGAACCAAAGUAAGCGCGUUGACAAGCGACAUACACAUAACACAAAUAGAGAGAGAGUCGCAAAUUGAAAAUAAAUACAAGACGAGGAGAGCAAGCAGGCAAACGACGAAAACUCAAGAAGAGAGAAGAAAAAAAAAACACACACAACAUUUUCGUUGUAAAUUGAUUGUUGUUUUUUUUCUAUUAUUCCAACGAUUACAUUUUAUCGGUUUGAAAAAAUUCCGAAGAGGAUCGUUUCGAACCCAUAGUUUUCGUGAAUAUUCAGUGUGUGAUUUAGAAAUUGAAUAGUCCAGUAGGGAAAAAUAACAGAGUGUGUGUGUGCAUAUAAAAGUCAAAACAGACAAUUGCGUACGAUACUUUGAAAAGAAAUAAAAUAUGUCGGAAAAUGCAAAGAAUUCAGACGAACCAGUGGUGGACGAUAAGAAGGCCGAUGCCACUGAAAAUGAUAAGACCAAUGUAAGCGGCGUUGACAAUAAUUCGGUCAACAAUAAAACCGAAAAAGCAGGGAAUACAAAAGCAACAACAAAUUCAUCCAAGUCAAAUGACGAUACAGAUAAGAAUGCAAAAAAAUCCAACGACGAUGACUCGGCGGAGGCGGGAAAAGGCACCGCUCUGGGCGAAAUACCGAAGAUUGAGAAAUACAUUACCAAUACACGAAUAGAUGGUUUGCAAACUCUAUACCAGAUUUGCUUCCAAUCGGUUGGCAAAACAAAUGUGCUGAAGAAGAAUCUGCGUUCAUUCGACGGUUUCGAUUUUGAAGUCGGUUCCAGUGACUUCAAAAAGCGGUUGGAAUUGACACAAAAGAUUGAAUUGGCCAAAUUAAAAGCAGUAUGUGAGGGCUUACAGCUGGACAAAAAGGGAGCAAAGGAUGCAAUUUGUCAAAGGAUAUGCGAAUUUCUUGCUGCACCACACAAAAUUGACGCACCUACUGACGAUGAAGAAGAUGAAGACGACGAAGAAGAGGAAGUUGAAGAAGAGGAAGAAGAUGAAGAGCCAGAAAAACCAAGAUCAAAAGGUCGCGGAAAUGCACGAAACACUGUGUCCAAGACCGGCAGACCACGUCGAUCAACAGCAGGACGUGGCAAAGCCGAUACCUCGGCCUAUGUUGAGUACUCCAGCAGCUCCGAUGAAGAGGAAGCAACUGUAAAUCGUGGCAAGCCAGCAAAGCGCCGCAGAGAUGAAUCAGACAGCGGAUCAGAUUACAAUCCAUCGGGAUCAGGUGAUUCAGAUGCAGCAAGAAAGGGUUCAAGAUUUUCCGCACGUGGCCGACCCCCGGCAGGAAGCCGACGCAGUGCACGUCGUCGCCGAUCCACUUCGGAGGAAGAAGAAUCGUCACCGACAUCCGAUGAUGAUUUCAGCGAUGAACCGAAGAAAAAGCCGAAAACACCAACACGCUCCGGCCGAGGUGCACCUCCGCGUCGAGGUCGCAAAGCAAAAGAAACGGAAUCCGAAGUGAGCGAAGAGGAAGAAGAAGAUGUGUCUGAGCCCGAAAGCGACAAAAGCGAGGAGUCGCCAAAACGAAAGGCACCCACAAAGAAUAAUGCUAACAACAAAAGCACACCGCAACGUUCAAAACGAGCCGCGGCCGCUGCAAAGCCACUAAAGGAAGAGAGUAGUGGAGAGAAUGAAUCUGAAGACGACGAGCCAUUGUCGAAAAAGGCCAAGCCAUCACCAUCACCACCAACGGAUGAUGAAAUCAAGAAAAUCGUCAAAGAAAUUCUGGAUAAAGCGAAUUUAGAGGAGAUCACAAUGAAAACCGUGUGCCGAAAUGUGUAUUCAAAAUACCCAGAUUUUGAUUUGUCGCACAAAAAAGAAUUCAUCAAGACGACGGUUAAAUCGUUGAUUUCAACAUAAAAAGCCAUCGUCAUCGAAACCGAUUGUGAGCUAAAGCAAAUUUAUUCGGCUUAGACAUAAAAGUGGAAGAGGCCCAAAAGAAGAUUCAACAUCAAGAACAAGAACUAUAACACGCAAACACUAAAGAAAACACCAUCACCACAUACACGCAAAAACACACAUUGAAAGAAGAAGAAGAAGAAGAAGAAGAAGAAAAAGAAAACACACAGACACAUUGACAACUAUACACACAUGUAAUUGAUCAAGAACUCUCGAUAAAUCGCAGCAUAUCCAACAAUGUUAAUUCCUUAAUUGCAAAAUGCCUUUCAAAUUGAUUUGCAUGUGUUCUUUUUUUGUCAAAUAUUUUCAUUUGAAAUUUUAUUCUUUUGGAGAAUUUAAUUAUUUACACACAAGUCUCAGCACACACAAAUAAGAUACCAUGUGUGUAUUCCUUUUCAUUUUCUUUAUAAUAAUAUUAUUAUUGUAUAUUAAUGACGCGUAAACUUACAAUUUUUUCUCCGUUUUCUUUUGCUAGUUUUAAAAGAAAUUUAAUCAUUUUUCACAUCUCUGCAUUGAAAAUAAAAAAUUAAAUGAUAUAUGACAAAUUGUUGGAAAUAAAAA